UCCUCCCUCCCUCCCUCCUCCUCCUCCUCCCAGGCCUCUUUUCCGCCCCAGCGUUUUGCCGAACCGAUUCCCUGGUUGCCUUUUGCUUGUGGAUUAGCGCAUGCCAUGGCUCCAUCCUUCCGUCCCAGCAGAAACCGAUCCGGCCGAGAGGACGAGGAUUUUUACGAGCUGAAGGGGGAUCGGAAGGCGAGGAAGCCUCUGGUGGAGAAAAAGCGGCGGGCCCGGAUCAACGAGAGCCUGCAAGAGCUGAGGCUGAUCCUCGCCGACGCCGAGUUUCAGACGAAGAUGGAGAACGCAGAAGUGCUGGAACUGACGGUGAAGCGGGUGCAGGGCAUUUUGCAGAACCGGUCUCUAGAGACGGACAAGCUGCACCGCGAGGCCAGCGAGCGCUUCGCCGCAGGCUACAUCCAGUGCAUGCACGAAGUGCACACCUUCGUCUCCAGCUGCCCGGGCAUCGACGCCACCAUCGCGGCCGAGCUGCUCAACCACCUCCUGGAGUCCAUGCCCCUGAACGAAGGCAGCUUCCAGGACUUGCUCGUGGACGCGCUGUCGGACCCGGCGGGCAUCUGCUCGUCGGCCGGCCUGGCCCCCGCGGCCCUGAGCCAGCUGGCCGGGCCCUUGGCCCCGUCCCCGGCCCCCAGCGAGGAGGUGGGCUCCGAUCCCGAAGACCCCGACGGCGAGCUCAGCCCCGUCUCCCCGGACGGGCUGGACCCCACUUCCCGGACACACAACCUGCCCAACGCCAGCGCUUCCAAAUCCAUGUGGAGGCCCUGGUAGUGGACACUGCACCAGACGACGCAACGAUCACCUACCUAUCUACCUACCCACCCACCUAACAUGAGCGAGUGCAAGGACUGGACCAUCGACUGGCCUUGGACCAGGACCCAGAGAGAGUGUUUGCUGUGCGUGCGAGCGACGGGGUGUGUGUGUGUAGUUGUAUUUCAGAACUACAUCGUAGAAGGCACUGAUUUACUGUCAGAGCUUGACAGGAUAAUAGUUAAAUGUAUAUUAACGUUUCAUGGCAUCUAUCUCUCUCUUUUUUUUCCCCAUUGCCUUUCUGGCUCUGUAGAAUUGGGGGUUUUACACUUGACCCGGCCCGUGAAGGAGGGAGAGGAGGCAGGAGAGUUGAUGAUGUAGCAGAGCUUUCCUGACAACGGUCCAGGAGUCAUUUGGCAACCCUGCCCGCUACAGUCCAUCUACCUUUUCCCCCCUCUGGGGUGAGGGUUGGGGGUGAGGGGGAAGCGAUGGUGCCCUCUGACCAUGGGGAUGGCCGGAGCACAACUUUUAAAUGGGCCCAAGCGUCCGUCCUAGUGACAGCGUGAAAGAUCUCUGAAAGGGAUUGGUCCGGAGAGGCAGUUAUUACUUAGAAAUCUAGACUUUCCUACCUUCAGUGAAGGAAGAAUAAAUUAGAGGUUGGCUGGGUUGUAGAGGGCCGUUUAAACACCGGUGGCUGGGUGCCUUUAGAAAACAAGUGUCUUAUGCACAUUUUGCUUUUAGCACGUGUUGAGUUUAUGUAUAUUAGGGUGUCAAAUGUUUUAUUUUUAAUGUUUAAUAAAAGAUCCAAUUCACAAUUGCAUGUAUUUUGGGGUAUGAUUAUACUUCUGAGCCCACGUUUUUAUUAUAGCCAUUUGGUGUUAGCUGUUCACGAGUCCGUGUCUGUGGGGAAGCAACGAUGGCGGUGAAGCACUUAUUCUUGUACCUACUGUUGUUGAUCCAUUGAUUUUGAGGGUGUGUAUGUGUGUUUGGGUGUGUGUAACUAACUCAGAAAAUUAGCAUAUUAAAAUAAACAAUAUGGUGACAGACCAAUUCCGAGACAGCAUAAUGUAUUAGGCUUUGUUCUGAAUACCAAGGCCCAGAGAUCUGUAAACUGAGUGCAACAUUUUCAAACUUUCUAAAAAAGGUAAAAUAAAACACUUUUAUGACGUUUCAAAUCUCA